CCACCAGUGGAGGUUGAAUGAUCAUUGAUUUGUACAUUUUGAGGUUGAGAAAAUGCGUCAGUACUGGCUCUGCCUCUGAAGAUGUCUUCCCUAACAGCACCUGCUCUCUGAUCCACCCAUCUGGAUGUGUUUGCUUUCAGGUCUUCAGUUUGGAUCAGUCAUCAGCACAAGAUGUCUCAAGCAAGUGGUGAUUGUUCCUCAAGUCCUCCACAGCUAAAUCUUUUGCUAGAGAGAGAUCCAUACCUCAAGUUACAUGAGGGAGAAAUCAAGAGAAGGUAUGCGGAGUUCAGCAAGCUGCUGGCCGGCAUCAACGAGCAUGAGGGUGGGCUGGACCACUUCAGCCGCAGCUACGAGCGGUUCGGUAUGCACGUGGACCGCGACGGCUCGGUCACGUGCCUGGAGUGGUGUCCGGCCGCCGAGGCGCUCUACCUGAAGGGCGAGUUCAACAACUGGCAGCUGGCCGAGUUCCAGCGCCUGCCGUUCGGAAAGUGGCAGCUGACACUGCCGGCGAAGAACGCCAUGCCUCCCAUUGCGCACCUCUCGCAGGUCAAGCUGGUGGUCAAGACCAAGUCGGGCGAGUUUGUGGACCGCCUGUCGCCGUGGGCGACGUACGUGAAGCCGCCGCCGACCAAGGACCUGGGGAUCGCCUACAAUCAGCACCUGUGGAACCCGCCCAUCAAAGAGCGCUACCAGUUCCAGCACGCCCGGCCGCGCCGGCCGGCCAGCCUGCGCAUCUACGAGUGCCACGUGGGCAUCGGGACGGCCGAGCCACGCGUGGGCCAGUACACCGAGUUCGCCCGGAACGUGUUGCCACGCGUCGCCAAGCUCGGCUACAACGCCAUCCAGCUGAUGGCCGUCAUGGAGCACGUCUACUACGCCAGCUUCGGCUACCAGGUCACCAGCUUCUUCGCCGCGUCCAGCCGCUACGGCACCCCGGAGGAGCUGAAGCAGCUGAUCGACACGGCGCACGGGCUCGGUAUCUACGUGCUGCUCGACGUGGUGCACUCGCACGCCUCCAAGAACGUGCUGGACGGUCUGAACGAGUUCGACGGCUCUGACAGCUGCUUCUUCCACGGCGGCUCGCGCGGCGUCCACUCGCUGUGGGAUUCGCGGCUCUUCAACUACAGCAGCUGGGAGGUGCUGCGCUUCCUCCUCUCCAACCUGCGCUGGUACAUGGAGGAGUACCGCUUCGACGGGUUCCGGUUCGACGGAGUGUCGUCCAUGCUGUACCACAGCCACGGCAUCGGCCAGGGCUUCAGCGGAGACUACAACGAGUACUUCGGCCUGGGCACGGACACCGAGUCGCUGGUGUACCUCAUGCUGGCCUGCUACAUGACCCACAAGUUCUACCCCGAGUCCACGACCAUCGCCGAGGACGUGUCUGGUAUGCCGGCUCUCUGCUGUCCAGUGGAGCAGGGCGGCACGGGUUUUGACUAUCGUCUGGGAAUGGCCAUCCCCGACAAGUGGAUCGAGCUGCUGAAGGAGCACCCCGACGAAAACUGGGACAUGGGCAACCUGGUCUUCACACUCACUAACCGUCGCUGGAUGGAGAAGACAAUCGCCUAUGCUGAAUCUCAUGAUCAGGCGCUCGUCGGCGACAAGACCAUCGCGUUCUGGCUGAUGGACAAAGAGAUGUACACGAACAUGUCGGUGACGAGCCCACCCAAUCUGAUCAUCGACCGCGGCAUCCAGCUGCACAAGAUGAUUCGACUGCUAACGCACUCUCUCGGCGGCGAGGCGUAUCUCAACUUCAUGGGCAACGAGUUCGGCCACCCGGAGUGGCUGGACUUCCCACGCAUCGGCAACAACGACUCGUACCACUACGCGCGCCGCCAGUGGCACCUGGUCGACGACACCAUGCUGCGCUACCGCAUGCUCAACGACUUCGACGCGGCCAUGAACCAUCUGGAGGCGCGGCUGGGCUGGCUGCACGCCGACCCGGCAUACGUUAGCUGCAAACAUCAGGACGACAAGGUGGUGGUGCACGACCGCGCCGGCGUCGUGUUCGCCUUCAACUUCCACACCAGCAAGUCCUUCACCGGCUACAAGGUGGGCGUCGACGUGCCCGGAUGUUACCAGAUAGUGCUGGACACAGACCGGGCCGAGUUCGGCGGCCACAACAGGGUCGAUCCCAGCACCAAGUUCUUCACGCUGGACGAGGGCUACUGCGGUCGGCGCCACUCGAUGCUGGUGUACCUGCCCAGCCGCGCUGCGCUGGUGUUCGCCCGCUGCGACUGAGCUGCCAGCGGAGACGCCGCGUCUGGCGCCGCGGGGAGCGCAGCCUGAGGCGGAGACGCCGCGUCUGGCGCCGCGGGAAACGCAGCCGGAGGCGGAGACGUCGCGUCUGGCGCCGCGGGGAGUGCAGCCUGAGGCGGAGACGCCGCGUCUGGCGCCGCGGGAAACGCAGCCUGAGGCGGAGACGCCGCGUCUGGCGCCGCGGGAAACGCAGCCGGAGGCGGAGACGUCGCGUCUGGCGCCGCGGGGAGUGCAGUCUGAGGCGGAGACGUCGCGUCUGGCGCCGCGGGAAACGCAGCCUGAGGCGGAGACGCCGCGUCUGGCGUCGCAGGGAGUGCAGUCUGAGGCGGAGACGCCGCGUGACGCGCUGGACGCGGCGUGGCAAUACGAGCUGUGUGACGGUGCCUGGCGCAGGCCGGCGCGCGAACGGAGGCCAUGGCGGGCUGUGCGGGGAUGGGGUAGUCGGGGGCGGUGCUCUAGCCGAGGUAGACGAGGUGUAUGGCUCGAGGGACGCGGCAAUCAUGUUACUUUGUAGGGGUUGUGUGGUUUUAUUAUGUACCUGUAUUGGUCAGAUCUGAAACAGUAACAGUUUACGUUGUUGCGAUUAGACGCCCGACGCUUCGGACCCGCUAAUAAGCCGCUCAGGUGCUUGUAAUACUCUUGUAGGGUGGACCACGUCGUCGAAUAAAUUGUGGGCGGCAU